AUGGGCGCCAGUCUCCUCUACGGCGAUCCGGUCGUCAAGGACAUUGAACGAUGGUGUUUACGCAAAGGCCGCCGAGGGGCAAUCGAACCCGUCCUAGCCGUCCUGUUCUUCAACACCGACACCGCCGCUGAAGAUUACGUCCGGAUCAAAGCUCAUGUUGCUGCAAAGGCCGGGGUUGGAUACUGGGUCUACGAAAUGUCUCCCAAAGCAACGUCCUCUCAAGUCCAAGCUCAAGUUCGAGAAUUGAACCAAAACAACCACAUCCACGGCAUCCUUAUCCAGCGUCCACUUCCAGAACAUCUCAACGAACCCAAAAUCAUGGGCACUAUUGACACCGAGAAGCACAUUGAGCAAUACUGUGGAGGGGAGCGCAGUGAUAUUGCAGCUGAUGCGCUGAGUCGUCUGCUAGCCAAGUACGGCAGGAGGCGCGACUUGUACCAAUCUACCAUACACAUCGUCGGUUUCGGCAACAUCAUCACCGAUAACUUUGUGUCCCAUAUGAAGCGUCAGUAUCCCUGGGUCAGUGUUUCUCCGAAUCUGCCUGGGAAAACGGAUGAUACGAAAGGGGCGGAUCGAGAAGCCGUGCUUGUUAGUGAGCUUCAUCGUGGGCCAGGGUACAUCAGGACGGAUAUGAUUCCCCAGGGGACUAGGACUAUUAUCGACUUUGGUUUUUAUUCUACUGAGAAGGAUGGCAUUGUGGGGGAUGUUGAUCACACUGUUUUUGAGGAGGAUGGGCUGGCUAUUGCUCCGACGCCGGGGGGUGUGCUGCCUAUUCUGCUUUGGUUGAUGAUGGAGAGGACAAUUAGAGCGAGACGACUUGUUACGAAGGCGGAAUGGCAUGGCUGUUGUGUAUGUCAGUAG